UCCUCCAUAAAUAGAAGCCUGAGUGCGAGCGACGUAAAAACAGUUCGACAGCCAAACUUCCACUGUAAUAUAUUACAUUAAAAUGGGGAAAUGCCGUAUUAUUUCAAGUGUGGUUGUCGUCGCUGGGCUGAUUGUUGUUGCAGUUCUGUUGGCAGUGAUUUUCUGGCCACUGAAGCCAACUUUCAUUGCAAGAUGUAAGGAGUUCAAGGGAUACGACUGUGAAAAGAUGUGGGGUACAUUUGAACAAGCCUAUGUGGGGCGGGACCCUCGUACAGUUCCCACGGAAGCCUAUGACCCUUUCAUUGCUGCAGCCGACUUCAGUGCUGAUCCCAACAAACUGAUGUUCUGGAGCAAAACGAAUAAAGUGGUCCAUGACUUCACUGAGAAGAAGAAAGGUUGUUUUCUCACGUUGGAGGACACUGUGUUGGGAUAUAUGCUGAAUGGCCUUACCUGGUGUGGAAAGGAGGGUAGCACAAUAACAUUCAGAUCCUUCGCCUGCCCAGGAAGGGAAGAGAAGAACGCUGUUGACUCAUUCUGGAACAGAGUCUCAGCUGCUUUUGCAGAUGCUGCCUGUGGUGAUGUCACAGCAAUGCUAAACGGAGACAUCGCCACACCAUUCAAUCCUAACAGUACUUUUGCGAAAAUCGAGGUGAAGAGGUUCAACUACCCCAGGGUGAAAAGCCUGACUGUUGUUCUGGUCACGGAGAAGAGCGCUGUGACAAAGUGCACAAAUGCAUCUUUAAAGGAUUUACAGAAAGAGCUGAAACCAGGAAUUCAAUAUAACUGCAAGGAAGUGACUGAAUCUAAGAUCCAGGAGUGUAGCUCCAAUCCAGGCUGUGGAGCCUGUUGGUGAAGACAUGUGAACUAAUUAUCAGAUUAUAUGAGACACAAUAAUAACCAGCUGUUAAAA